GCCACCUUCUAUCUAUCAGUUUUAUACAUUUUUCUGCCUGACUGCAUUCACUCAUGACGUUCUUCCUAUUUUGGGUUUUCCUGUUGUGGUAUUUUUAGCGAUAUCUAGGUCUUCAGGCCCCAGUCAAUGGAAGUUUUGUCAACAACUUAACCGACCUAGAUCAAUGUGUAUUGCAUGUUUACAGUUUAGAAUAUUUGUUGUACACAGAAAAUGUUACUAUUGAUGGAAAAUGCUAUAAUCACAGAACUAAUGGUGCAGCAUCAUGUGGUAAAACAUUUCAAGGAUGCCGAAGCGACACGCCCCUCAGCCACCCCCCACUGGUGACACGCCUCCCGAUUCUCCAGCCCCUCCCCCUCCUGGGCCCCUAACCCAGAAACGCAGCCAAUCGUCUAUCAGCAGUUGGUCCUCUGUCGGGACUCAGGGUUCGGAUAUGGGUCUCAACACAUUAGACAGUCGGACCGAUUAUAGGAAACUUAGAUAUUUUUACUCCAAUUUCACAAACCAAGAAGAGGUUUGUCAGUAUCUUAGUCACCAUUCCAAGAAAACUCCAGGGUAUUUCCUUCUGCGGCCAAGUUUUAGCAACAGAAGCUCAAUCUCCAUAUCCACUAUUGUGUCUGAUAAGACUGUUCGCCAUACAAACAUCAAAAUUGAGGGCGGAUCAGGAACAAAGUUUUUCUAUUUAGUACCAGAAGUCAAGUUUCAUUCCGUGCAUGAACUCAUAACCUAUUAUUCACAAAAUGAGGUGAAAAAUCUGCAGAAAGUGAACAAUGUGCGAUUCUUGUAUCCCUUGGAAAAGCGUAAUUCAGAGCGAAAUGGAAGUGUUUCAAGGGACGAAUCAGGUAGCUCAGCCAGUGGUAGCCAUUAUCAAUCACCACAAGAUGUUUCCGCUGGGGCAGAACAUCCCCCUGCUCUACCCUCAAGGCCCCGCGAUUUGCCCCGCCUCUCUUCUCAGCAAUCCAUGGGACUAUCCAGCCCCAGUAGCAGUAGUUUGAACUCCUAUGGAAGUCCAGAGGGUAUGCACAAUGGCAGCAUCUCAGGCAGCCAGAUGUCCCUUGCUAGUGGAGGGAGUGGUAGCAAGGGUAGAAAUCAUGCCUCCACAUCUUCAAUUGAUUCUCGCCCUCCUGCCCAGCUCCCAGUUGGCCAUACUUCUAAAGAUGGUAACCCGUAUUAUUCAAGUCCCAGAAAUGUGGACGAAGACAUUACCAAUAGGUUGAAAGAGGUACUGAAGCAAAAUGAAGUUUGUGAUUGUGGCAUUCCAAGAGACAAAGCUGAGCUUCCUUUAGGCUGGCAGGUGCAUCGAAGCAAAGACCCAGCCACCUUUGGUAGAAUUUUCUUUCAGAAUUCCAAAGGUAUGACCUCCUGGAAACUUCCAGCAGAGGUACAAAGUAGACUAAAUAUUGUGCAGCAACAGAACUUAGAAGACUUAAGAAAUGAAGCCAUGGGAAUUCCAAUUAUUCCAACUAGAAGAGUGAUAAGUGACGUGACCAAAUUCUAAAUUCUGGUGACUGCAUUGAAUAUGCAGUGGCGCUCAAAAGACGUUUUUUUAUUGUGAUAUUACAUACUUCAUGUGAAUCAAUGAAGAUGUUUUUUCAACCAUUUACUGGCUGUGAUUUUUAAGGCUGAAUCAGAAUUUGUGUACCAUGAUGGUGUAACCUAAUUAAGUAUGCAGAUCGAGCUCUUCCAUGGAUAGAUGAAUUCCUGGUAUCAUGUUAGCCAGGAACUAAAAUCAGGAGAUAUAUAUUUGUGUGUUGUGAUUUCAAUGAAGUCCCUGUUAACCCAAAACAAAACUAGGGAGAAUUUAUUUCUUCCUUGUUUCCCUAGUUAAAACAGUGCUAUGAAUUUGAUCAAAGCAUACUAUAGAGGAUUUGUAAAAAAGGAAGUGAUCUUCAAGUGGCAUGUAAACCUUUGCAAUAAAAUUUGAAAAAUAUUUUUGCAGGAAAUUAUUCACAUCAUUUUAUUGGUUUCCGCAUAAUUUCUCUUUUUU